CGAUGUGAAAUUUGUGCAUCAUGGGUGCCUCGUCCCAUAGGAUAACACCGGUCAUGCGUAUAAGGUCUGCGAGUGCAGAUUGUUUGGGAAUGUCUAAUGUGGAAGUGGUGGUGGGAUUGAGGGUUCCUUUGAAGCGCGAAUGGAAAGUGCGGCCUCCAUCUAGUAGAGUUGCUGCAAUGCCGCUCGAGGCAACGACAAGGGCAACACGGUUGUGGAGACGAAGAUGCGCAAGAAUUGUGUUGAAGCAAAAUGUUUUGCCUAUGCCUGCAGUUUUCGGAGCAGGGCAAAUCGAGACGAUUGAGCCGCAGAAGUGUGGCACCAUGUUCGUCUUGUGGGUCAUAGAUGCAGAGGCGCGUGCAGCAGUGCUCUCAGUGCUUAAGAUGCUCAAACGGCAGUUCGCGGAAGGAAAGAAAAUCACCGAAGACCUGGUGAUCAUCACAGGCAAGGGCACUCGGAGCGAAGUUCCCGGCGUCUCGGUUGUCAAGCAAGAGGUAGCACAUCUGUUGAAUGAUGAGCUGAGGAUGUUGGUGACUCAGCAAGGCGCGCGGCAUAUCUCUGAGGCUCAAGACGGCCAGACAACGAUCGACACCGACCUUCUUCCCACUUCUGCUGCUGCUGCUGCUUCUGCUGCUGCUGCUUCUGCUGCUUCUGCUGCUGCGGCGGAUCCAGAACACACUGCGGUUAAAACCCGCCGUUCUGGCGUUGCUUUUGCCGACGAUGGUGGUUCCAGUCUAGCUGCUGCCUCGACUUGUGCGGGUACUGAUUUUGAUCCUGCGGCUGUUCCUGUCGAGGCUUCUGAGACUGCGAAGGAUGCUGGGUCUGCUGCUGAGCCGGCUCGCGCUCGCGGGCAAUUUAGACGGGACCCAAGAAAGGACAAAAAUCUUGGACGCAUUUUCAUUCCUCGCCAAGCCCUGAUCCAAUGGCUGACGAAGAGAACGAAACAGUGAAAAGAUGUAUGAUGGAAGGAGUGGCAGGAAAUAAGAAAUGCGUUAAAAAAAAUAAAAAAAAAUAAAAUAAAAUUACGGGA